AAAAGGGGAACUGGUCCGGCCGGUGUUCUUCCACGUUGACCUGAGCGAUGUGCAAAAGCAGACCCUCGUCUUCGCUGAGAUCAUGGCGAGGCAUGAGGAGGUUUUUGGUGGUGGUGGUGGUAGCGGUGAUGGCUCCGAGAGAGUGAAGAAGUGGAGAGGCGCGCUUCGUGAAGCGGCUAAUUUGUCCGGAUGGCAUUUAGACAACGGUCUUGAAUCUGAACUUUAUCCAGAGAUUGUUGAAGAAGUGUCAAGCAAGCUGCACCGCCUGUACUUGGAUGUUGCGAAGCAUCCAGUUGCUCUUGACAGGCAUAUACAGGCCGUUAGAAUGUCAUUGCAUACAGAGGAUGAUGGUGUUCGCGUAGUGGGUAUCUGCGGGAUUGGCGGAAUAGGCAAGACAACUAUCGCUAAAGCUGUAUACAAUAUUAUUGCUGAUCAAUUCAAAGGUAGUCGCUUCCUGGCAAAUGUCGGAGAAAUUUCUCGGCAGUAUGGCCUAGAAAAACUGCUUGAAGCUCUUCUUCAUGACAUUUUGAGGGAUAAUACCAUAAAGGUUGGCUACAUUCAGACUGGUGUAGAUUUGAUGAGGCAAAAGCUUUGCAAUAAAAGGAUUCUGUUAGUUCUCGAGGAUGUGGAUAGUACAGACCAACUAAGGGGCUUAUUGGGUGAAAGAGGUUGGUUUGGUCAUGAGAGUAGAAUAAUUUUAACAAUAAGAGAUGAAGAAGUACUAGUCACUCACAGUGCAGAAAUCUGUAAGGUCGGUGAACUAAAUUAUGAUAAUGCUCUUCAACUUUUCAGUUGGAAUACCUAUCGGGAACAAUCCCCCGCAAGAGAUUACCAGCUUAUCUCCUUCGGAUUUACUCGCUAUGCCAAGGGUCUCCCUUUGGCUCUUAUUGUGUUGGGAUCUUUCUUGAGUGGUCAUAGUAUUCACGAAUGGAACUGUACAUUAGAAAGAUUGAGAGCCAUUCCUGACGGCCAAAUUUAUGAGAUUCUGAAAAUCAGUUUUGAUGGAUUAGAAGCUAAUGAACAAGCUAUCUUUCUUGACAUCGCUUGUUUCUUUAAAGGAGAGGAAAAAGAUUAUGUAACAAAGCUGCUAGACCGUUUUAACUUUUUAUCCAGACAGGGCGCUUCAAAUUCUCUCUCAAAAAGCACUCAUAUAUAAGGACUCGAACAAGAUAUCGAUGCAUGACUUGCUUCAAGAAAUGGGUCGAGAAAUCGUGCGUCAAGAAUGUCCUGAAAAUCCUGGCAAACGCAGCAGACUUUGGUAUCAUGCGGAUAUUCUGAGUGUGUUACGGGAAA